GUGCCGAGACCCUAUAACUACAUCAUUUCUGUUGCCCCCGAUAUCUCGGAGACAAGUGGAUACAACAACGCCGGCCAAGGUGUGGAUUGUGUAGCGAGGAAGAUCCGGCUUCCUACCAAUAGGAUUGACUAAACCGGAAUGUCGAUUAGUGAACCGUCGCUUGAAAGGGCGCACUGCUAGGGUGAAUACGGGUAAUAAGACGAUGAACAUUACAGAUCCGGAUUAGCACCAAAAGUCGGUCUGUUAUAUGCCUCUCCACUUGAUACCUCCUUUACCGGAGAUGUCAGAACUAAAGGAAUGAAAAAGCCCAUCUUACCUAGCGCCCUCAUUAGAAAGCGCUUGUUGUAGUGUAUUCCUUAUUUCCUUAUUGUAGUGUAGCCAGGCCGCCACCUUCGAUUUUGUAUCAUUUAUCUGGUAAUAACCUGUGUUGACUAGAUGGCGAGUCGUGAUAUAGAGUUGGAGACUAUUGCUGCUCCAACUACAAGGGUUGGGGCCGCAACAAUUCCAUUUGAAGCACCGAACCAACAAGAUGGUUUACAAUCAGAACCAGAAGAAGGAAGACAAGAAUUUUCACUACCGCCCGUUGAUGGUGGCAAAGAUGCCUGGCUCUUCCUCGCGGCAUGCUUCGCAAUUGAAGCUCUAGUUUGGGGCUUCCCAUUUGCUUUUGGUGUAUUCCAGGAUUACUAUAGCACUCAUGAACCCUUUGCAGGAUCUCCAAGUAUCGCAGUAAUUGGUACUUGUGCAAUGGGAAUUAUGUAUCUCACUGCUCCCCUUAUGAUGGGGCUCUGUCGCCUUUUUGUCCGCUGGGCUCGAUGGACGUCUAUUCUUGGCUUGUUCAUUAUGUGUCUUUCGCUUGCGAUGAGUUCGUUCUCAUCGAGAAUCGAGCAUCUCAUUGCCACUCAAGGCGUUCUUUAUGCCAUUGGCGGAGGUAUUGCGUACUGCCCCUGUAUCUUGUAUAUGGAUGAGUGGUUUGUGCAACGAAAGGGCCUAGCAUAUGGCAUCAUGUGGUCAGGAACUGGCCUUGCGGGAGUGGUACUACCUCUCUUCCUUGAAUGGCUUCUUCACACAUUGGGGUUCAGGACAACACUGAGGCUCUGGUCUGGCCUAUUGUUUGUUUUGACGAUCCCUUUGGCAUUCUUCAUCAGACCGCGCUUGCCUUACUCAGCAACAAGCCAUAUCAAACCGUUCGACUUGAACAUGUUCAUGAUCCCGACUUUUUGGUUAUACCAACUUGCAAACGUCGUUGAAGCGACAGGGUUCUUCUUGCCAGGGAUUUAUCUUCCUACUUAUGCCCGCAGUACCCUUGGUGCUGCGUCAUACAGCUCAGCGACCACGAUUCUUCUAGUAAACGUCGCUUCGGUCUUUGGCUGUGUAGCCAUGGGAUGGUUUAUUGACCGCCUUCAUGUUACAACGUGCAUCUUGUUAUCAACGAUCGGCGCCACGAUCGGCGCCCUCGUUAUAUGGGGUUUGUCAUCCUCGAUCGGGCUACUAUACUUCUUCUGCGUCGUUUACGGACUAUUUGCGGGAUCGUAUACUUCUGCCUGGCCGGGUAUCAUGAAUGAUAUUGUUCGAAAAGGAGAGGCAAGCGGUCGAGGCUAUAUCGACCCGAGUAUGGUUUUCGGCUGGUUGGCCGCCGGCCGAGGGAUAGGUAACGUUGUCUCGGGUCCUUUGAGCGAGAAUCUCAUUCAAGGACUACCUUGGAAAGGAGAUACUCCGGCCUUCGGGUAUGGAAGUGGUUAUGGCAGUCUUAUCGUAUUUACGGGUGUGACGGCUUUACUAGGUGGUGCGAGUUUCAUUUGGAGACGGCUGGGUAUGUUGUGAAACCACACACAUAUGUAGGUAGUUGGAAGUAUCUUGAAGACUCUUGUCUCAUUCGCGCAUCAUCUCGCAGACGGGAUAGCAUCGGGAGGGGAAGUUCUGUAGCACAAGAAAAAAAAGAAAAAGGAAGCACGCGGACAAAGACAUCAUGUUGGCGAGGUACCUAGCUAGGUGGCUUAGGUAUA